CUUUAAAACACAUCGACGAUUGUCAUCAAAAAGUUUCUGACAAACAGAAAGCGAAUUCAACAUUGAUAUUCAAUGAAAAGUUUAAAGUCUCUUUUUUUCUUAUGAAGAUUAGGAUUUUAGCUAGAUCAAAGCUACUUCGUCGUAUACCAAGACAUAUGCAAAAGUCAUACUGACAACGAUUCACCAUUAUCUCAAGAAUUUUAGAAAACACUAAGAAAAGUGAGUUGUAAUAUUUCAGUUGGUAUUUUUUUUUCUUCUAUAACAGAGAAAGAAGUUCAAAAGGUCGGUUCAGCUAAUAUUCCCAUUGUUUUUACAUGUCUCAGGUUCAGACUCUAUUUAGCAGAUUUCGAAGUCCUUUCUGCAAACUAAGUCAAUACAGUCUUCCAUUAUCUUCUUCUUCUUCUGUAAUUGAAACUGAUAAAUUGAAAAACGCUCUUAAAGAGGCAAAAGAUGCUUUAGCAGAAACUUUGAAUGACCCAAGCCAAAAAUUAUCUCCUAAUUUAUGUGAUUAUUUAUUCUUUCCUAUAGCUCCUGUUUUAAAAUCCUGGAGUCGUGUACCUAGCACUGGUCUUGAGCACGCUUUAGAGUGUAUUCGUUUGAUAUACAAUUAUGGUUGGAAACACGUUCAUAAUGAAUUCCUCACCCUUCAACUCAUUUUGUUGAUUAUGAAUAUUGCAGACGGCUGGAAAUCUCCAUCUGACCAUUUUCACCAAGAUUCCUAUGUACAAGAAACAGCCGUAGAGGUACUGAAAGACUUAAUAGUCGACUUUCGUCCUAAAAUGGAAGACCAGAGACAGUAUCUUUUAUACGCUAGAUGCUUUUCUUAUAGUUUGGAUCUGUUUUCUAAGAGCAACAGCUCUGUGAGAUUGCAGAAAGCUACCCUCGAGUGCACAAACGCUUUACUACAUUUACCAGUCUCUCUUGAUGUAUUAACUACUUUUCUCCCAGGAAUCGUCUCUGGUUUAGUAAAAGGGAUUAGUCCAAAAGGUCCCUGUCACUAUUUUCAGUGCGUUUCCAGAGCUUUGCAGGUGUUGGAUUAUACCCUAGUUUCAAUUGUUGGAGACAAAGUCACAAAAGAUUUACCAGAAGCUAAAGAGUCUAUUGAUUCCUCUAGCUUCAUGGGAGGCACCAGAAGAACUGCGGCUUGGAAAAGGGCUAGCUGUCAACAAAUUAGCACUGCGGUAAAAACGAUUUUGCAUCAUCGUUCAUCUCAAAACUUGCAUAUACAAGCAUCUCUCUUUCAUUUUUGUUUUUCUCUUUUUACGAAUUGUUUAGAUUCGCUAAAGGAUUGUCGCAUUCAUUUGUUGGAAACCAUGCUUUUGUUGGUAAAUAAAAAAGAAAACCCACAGCUUGCUAGUAUCGGUAUAAAAAUGAUAUCAGAUUACAUAUCUUCUCAGAAUAAUACGUUAAUUAUGGAAGAUAUUCUUUCCGAUUGCUUGCAAUCAUGGUCAUCCACCUGGUCUGGUAUAUCAAGUCUUGCUUCAGAGGACGUAAAGUUGGAAAAAUUAAAACAAUUACGAUGCAUGUUAACAUUUUCUGAGCAAAUUCCUAGUGUUUUACAGUCGACUGAGUCUCUUUUGGAAGAUAUUCUUAGUCAGCUUAGCCCGAAAACUUCAGGCAUCGAAGCAAAUCACCAAAAGGUACUUAUGUCUACUUCUUCGGGAAAGAAUUUAAUAGAUGGAUAUUUCUUCGGGGGAAACGAAAUGGAACAAGUUAUCAAAUCGAUUUUACUUCAAUUUGCCGACUCUCCUCAAGCGAAAUAUCUUCUACAAUCAUUGUUUAUGAAAUCUACUUCGGUUGUUAAUCAGCCUGCGCUAACGUCGUUCUGGGCUGGCUUACAUAUAAUAAAACAUACGAAUGUUGGAGACGUGAAAGGAUUAUUUUUGGAGUCUUAUGAGCAAAAAUCACUGGAAAUAAUACAAGAGAUCUCACAACUGAAUAAAUUUCAUGGAAAAGAUUUGAAAAAUGAAAAACAAAAGAAUUACUUUGGCGUGCUUUGCGCUAGAGCUUGCAUUGCAAUGGAUUGUAUUAGCUGGAUAGCCGCAGAGCAAGGAAAGAAUUUUCGCCCUAAGCUUAUGAGUGUACUCUAUCAUGUUUUGGAACAUCUGGCAUUUGCUUCUCCUUUUAUAUCCACUUUUGCUGAAGCUUGUAUAGAAUCCCUAGUCCAUAAUUGCGAGUAUGGUUCAGCUGGGGAAAUGUUACGGGAGAACAUAGAUUAUGUUGUGAACUCUGUAGCAUUGAAGCUGAAUACCUUGGAAAUUACACCUCAGCUGCCUCUGGUGAUGGCUUAUGUGAUUAGACAUGAUGAUGGAAGUGGUGUACAAUAUAUCGGAGACGUUAUUGAGUCUAUUUUUACCAUUCUGGACAACUAUCAUGGGUACACAAGACUUACAGAAGGGCUUUUGGGAAUCUUAUACGAGGUUAUGAAACAACAAAGUGUGCAAUCUCGUGGAAAUAGACAAUAUUUGAAGGGUAAAACGCCCAAGGAAGUUACUGAAAAAGAAGGUAUAUUGUCGAAUGAUAUACAAAGGUUUUUGGAAGCUUGUCGCCAAAACCCGAUUUACCCAUCUCCACCGGUGGAGGAAGAAAUGGAGUCGAUGGAAAGCGGACAAGAAGGUUUCAAAAGACAUUUAGAAAAAGAAAAAGAGGAAGAAAAGAUCGAAAAAGGAGAAAACGAUGAACUCAUGGGGCGGCCUGAAGGAGAUGUUAAGGAACAGAAUGGAAUGAUCAAAAUGGUGCAACAAAUAACAGAAAAAGCCCAACUGUUUUUAAGUCACGAGCAAAUAACCAUUCGCGUCCAGAUGAUUCGGCUUUUGGGUUACGCAUCUCAAGUGCUUGUUGAAGACCCUGAUACGUUUUACCCGACUAUACACACAUGCUGGCCGUUACUCAUUACGCAACUCGGUACAGGUGAGCCAGUGUUAAUGGAAUUGGCGUUAGGAAGCAUUGCUCAGAUGUGUACAUUGGCACAUGAGUUUAUGGGAUCCCGCAUUAGAAAGGACUUGAUUCCGAGAUUGAGGACGCUUGUAAGAGAAAAUGGUUUAUGGAAACAGGCGUCUCCCUUCUCGGCAGAACAUUAUUUGCAAAAAUCUUUAGCGUUCGUUGGACGUGCAUGCAUGGAGAGUCGACAAAGUCUGCCGGUAUAUCUAGACUUAUUGGACCUUGUUGCGCCAAUCUUGCGUUGUUUAGAAAAGAUGCAACAGACGAAUCAUGCAGAUAAAGAAUUCGUGGAAUCAGUAUGGAAUGCGUUUUCAAGAGAAAAUGCAGACGCUGUAUAUUAUGAACGGGAAGUGGUGAAACACAAGCAGGACUUGUUGGAACCGGGAACUAUGAAAAUGGGUUUACAAGACAAACCAAAACGACGACCACUGAUGUACAGUGGAUCUGGGCAAGAUAGACUUGAGCUGAAUACGAAAGCAUCUAAACCAAGUCUUUUGGAAGAACUGACUACUCCAUCUAAGUCGACGGCUAAGCAUGAAAACGAGCUUAAAGAAGAAGAAGAAGCCGGAGAAAACACCGGGAAAGAAGAUGCAUUGCCCUCGCUUGACCAUUUGUUAGACGGUCAGCUGUCCGAAGGCUCUCAAACCAAAAGACCCAAGAAGCCAUUGAUUUCAAUCUUGUAACGGCAUGUUCUACAAAACAAAAAGGUUACUGAUUUCUUAUGUUUGGAAAGCUGGAAAUGAGGCUGGAAUCACGUCUUCAUCAUAAUCUUUUAUUAUACUGACUACAGUUCUAUCUACAAGUUUGGGAACCUAUGCGAACUUGUUGGAAAAAUAACGAAAUUAAGUUUCGAUAUUGUUUCGUCGUUAUACUAACAACUACAAACUUGAUACCACACGCACUCUCUCUGCACUCAACCACACCAUUGACUCAUCGCAACGAUCAUACACUCUUUCUAUAAUUUUGCAUGAAAUUUUUAUGUUUCAUUUUUAUCUGAUGAGAUAAAAACCAAAUCUUUCAGCCCCGCCAAAUUUCCUUAUCAGUAACCCCAGCAGUGCACCCACAAAAUGACGUAAAAAGAGAGAUACCGCCGGCAUCAAGCAGAUCAACACGCCAGAAGGCUUUACCCGUCCAAACUGUGUCUUAAAUCACCCGUAAAGAAGCGGAAUUGUGACUGUUUUAUCUGAACUCAGAUAGCGAUCUGUAUAUAGAGGCAUCACUCGCUCCUGUGGAAAAGUGUUAAAACAGCUUUGUUUACGCGUUUCCGUGU